AUGGUUUCCACCAGCGCGGAAGGUGUGCAGUCCGGAGAGAUUACCAACGGAGUCAGGAAUAGAGCCGGAGAGGCGAUUGUCGUAGAGAAGAAGGAUACGAAGAGCGGCGGAUUCGCCGAGCGAAGAGGGGAUCUGGCCGGAGAGGGAGUUGGAGUUGAGAAUGAGAGAGUGGAGCAACGGGAGGCGGAAGAUAGAUGCGGGAAUGGGGCCAUUGAGAGAGUUGGAGCUGAGAUCGAGUGCGGUGAGGCCACGGCAGUCGGAGAAGGAGGGGAUGGAGCCGGUGAGGUUGGAAGCGGAGAUGGUGAGAGAGGAGAGGGAGGGGAGGGAGGUGCAGAAGGUCGUGGGGAGAGGAAGGGUGAGGGGAAUGGAGAGGAUGGAGAUGGAGGAUACGGAGCCGGAGGAGUCGCAGGUGAGGUGGUUCCAGUUGCAGGGGGAGGAGUCCGUUGGGUUCCAGUCGGGGAAAGGGGAGGGGCAGUGGCCGGAGAGCUUGGCUUAUUGGCUCUUGAUUAUGGUUUAGCAUGA